AUGGAGCCCGGCAAAGUUAUAGGAAUGCUCUGCAAGGGUUNGCAAAUAAUUAAAAUGAACGACAAAAAUCAUAUUUGCUCGUUUGCUCAACGCCCAGUAUUAAAGUACAUAAAACCUAAAGUUUUAGCUCAACAAACACCAAUUUCAAGAAAUAUAUUUGAGUCUUUUGCUGAGGAUUUUUUAAGUGACGCUGAAGAAGAAGAAUCUGCAGCUAAAAUAGUUAAAAAGUCCGUAGAAACACAAAUCAGAGAACCUGAACCUGAUGAUGACGAUGAUUCAGAAGCGAUGUCAAAAUUAAUAAAUGUGAUUCGCGAACGUCAUCCAUUGUGGGACCAUAGGCUUCCGUUAUCAGCUCGAUUCGAACCUAUAAAAAAAUCAUUAUGGAACGAAAUAUAUGUGGAAUUCAAUG